AUGUGUUGUGAAGUGACAUGGUAUGAGAUGGCUGGCAACAAGUCCCUUCUUCGGAAUCAUGAAGUAAUCAGGCCGCUCGAUGGCAUCACAGUAGUCUCCCUUGAACAUGCUGUAGCAGCGCCAUUCUGCACACGACAGCUCGCAGACUUGGGUGCCCGAGUUAUCAAGGUGGAACGACCUGGUGUCGGAGAUUUUGCUCGUACCUACGACUCUCGAGUGGAUGGGCUUGCUUCGCAUUUCAGCGUUGAACAUAUGAAAGUGCUCAUGGCACUCCUCGACAGAGCAGAUGUCCUCGUUCAAAACCUAGCUCCGGGUGCAAGCGCAAGGCUAGGUUUGUCGUACGAAGCUCUGAAGCCCAAGAACCCCGGCCUUAUUGUCUGCGAUGUCUCUGGCUACGGUGACAGUGGUUCGUAUAGAGAGAAGAAAUCUUAUGAUUUGCUUGUGCAGAGUGAAGCUGGUCUUCUCUCUAUCACUGGUAGCGAAAAUGAAGUUGCAAAAGUUGGCAUCUCUAUUGCCGAUAUCUCCGCAGGCAUUAUGGUGGAGUGGAUGAGCUUCCCUUUAUACUGCGCAUAUCAAGGAGCACCGCCACCUAGAAGAACAGGAGCAUCUCAUGCGACCAUCUAUCCUUAUGGUCCAUUCGAAACUGGCGGUGGGGAAUCCGUCACUUUGGGUAUUCAGAAUGAAAGAGAAUGGAACAAUUUCUGUCAAUCGGUUCUGGAGAAGCCGGAACUGAGCCAAGAUGUUCGCUUCGCUAGUAACUCGCUACGAAUGCAGAACCGAGAGGAGCUCAAGGAGGUCAUUCGCGGUGCUUUUAAACCUUUUAGCACAGCAGAGAUCCGGAACCACCCGCAACUCCGUGCGCGAGGCCGCUGGACUGAAGUUGAUACGCCCAAGGGUCGCGUCUCGGCGCUCGUACCUCCUGGUGUUGCUACAGCUUCUGGGGUGAGCAUUGGCGCAGUUCCUGCACUGGGCGAACAUACGCUAUCAAUAUUGGAGGAGUUAGGCUUCGACGCCGGGAUAGCUUAG